UUCUCACACUUUCGCUUGAUACAGACCAUGAUAUUUGCUAUUGAAGAAAUAAAUCAGAGCAAAACUCUGCUUCAGAAUUUCACACUGGGAUAUAAAAUCUACGAUGACUGCUCGUCCUCCGCUAUUGCGUCCAAAGCAGCGCUCGCUUUGGUCAAUGGAGAAAAAGGACAAAUUGAUUACCCUCAAUGUAAAGGUUCCUCCGAUGUCGCAGCCAUUAUUGGCUGUGAUAUGUCAACGUCCUCCAUUGCAGCUGCAAGGGCAGUGGGUUUCUUCGGAAUUCCGAUGAUUAGUUACUUCUCUACUUGCUCCUGCCUCAGCGACAAACAAGAAUAUCCCACGUUUUUUCGAACAAUACCAAGUGACGAGUAUCAGUCCAAGCUUCUCGCUGAACUCGUGAAAAAAUUCGGCUGGAAUUGGGUUGGGACAGUUAGAGACAACACGGAUUACGGGAAUUUUGGAAUGAGAGCAUUUGUCGAAGAAGCCCAAAAACUUGGUGUUUGCAUUGCGUACUCUGAAGUGUUUUACCGGACGGAUCCUGCAGAGAAAAUCAGUAAAAUAGUGCAGGUGAUCAAACAGGCGACUACAUCGGUCUUGGUCGGCUUCCUGCUUCCUCGAGAGAUGGAAAUUUUACUUAAGGAAUUUGUGCGUCAAAAUGUAACCGGGAUUCAGUGGAUUGGAAGUGAAGGAUGGGUUACUGAAGAUUUAGUUCCACCUGAAGAAAGAGCAAGAUUUCUGGUUGGGACAAUUGGCGUGACAGCCCGCAGGACAGAAAUACCCGGACUCAGAGAUUAUCUGCUGAAAAUUCAUCCUUCUCUGUUUCCUGAGAAUAUUUUCAUGAAAGAAUUCUGGGAAUCUGCAUUCAUGUGCUCUCUGGGGACCGAGAAUGAGACAGAACAAACCACUUCUACCUUUCACAUGCGGCAAUGCACAGGGAAGGAACGGUUGGAAGAAAUAGAAAAUGCAUAUCUUCCAGCGAUAAUGGACGCAAGUUCCUACCACGUGUACAAAGCUGUCUAUGCUGUCGCACAUGCACUAGACGAUAUGCUUUCUUGUGAAGGAGGCAGUGGCUCCAUUACGAAUAAUACGUGUGCUCAUAUUUCGAAUUUUCAGCCGUGGCAGCUGGUCCAUUACCUACACUCAGUAAAUUUCACAGAUGGCAUUGGGAAGAUCGUGUAUUUUGAUGAAAACGGUGAUCCCGCCCCAACAUAUGAAUUGAUAAAUUUGCAAAUGACUUCGAAGGGUACAGUUGAAGUUGUAAACAUUGGAUAUUAUGAUGGUUCAGCUCCUUUAGGGCAAGAACUUGUCCUGGAAAUCGGGGAUAUCGUAUGGAGCAGUGGUGGCAAUCAGAUUCCACAAGCAAUUUGCACAGAACCUUGUCCUCCUGGAACAAGAAAGGUGAACAGGAAAGGACAACCGAUAUGUUGCUUCGACUGUGCAGAAUGUGCUGAUGGUGAGAUUAGCAACACCACAGGUUCCACAGAUUGUACGAAGUGUCCUUUGGAAUACUGGUCCAAUCAACAAAAAGAUCGAUGUGUUCUAAAGAAAAUUGAAUUUCUUUCCUUUAGAGAGAUCCUGGGAUUUGUGUUAGUCACACUUGCAUUAGUGGGAGUUGGUGUUACACUGGCUACAGCUGCUAUAUUCUUCCAGUAUCGAGAAACUCCUAUCGUUAGAGCUAACAAUUCCGAGCUAAGUUUCCUCCUUCUCUUCGCACUAAUGCUAUGCUUCCUGUGCUCACUUACCUUUAUUGGGAAACCAACUGGAUGGUCUUGCAUGUUGCGCCGGACUAUAUUUGGCAUUGUAUUUGUUCUCUGUAUUUCCUGUAUUUUGGGGAAAACCAUUCUUGUUGUGAUAGCUUUUAAAGCAACUCUUCCCAAUAACAACUUGAUGAACUGGUUUGGGCCUAUGCAACAGAGGUUAUUGGUGUUCGUCCUUACAUUUCUUCAAGCUUUAGUUUGCACUAUCUGGCUAGCUGUAUCACCUCCCUAUCCACUGAAAAACAUGGCCUAUUAUAGAGACAUAAUUAUUUUGGAAUGUGAUGUGGGUUCUUUAAAGGCUUUUUAUUUUGUGUCGAGCUAUAUUGGUCUUCUGUCCACUAUAUGUUUCGUGCUCGCUUUCCUUGCUCGAAAACUUCCAGAUAAUUUCAAUGAUGCGAAGUAUAUAACUUUCAGUAUGCUGAUCUUCUGUGCUGUUUGGAUAACUUUUAUCCCAGCGUAUGUAAGCUCUCCUGGAAAGUAUACAGUGGCUGUAGAAGUAUUUGCUAUCUGGGCAUCAAGCUUUGGUUUGCUUAUCUGUAUUUUUGCUCCUAAAUGUUAUAUUAUUUUACUGAAACCGCAGGAUAACACAAAGAAAAAUAUGAUGGGCAAAGUGACUUCAAAAUAA